AUGUCGGAAAAUCGUCGCUCAAACAACAAAGUCACCUGCUGCCACCUCACGUCUGUUGCAUCCGCAUGGACCAAAUCACAACACCGGCGCCUGCCCCUCGUGACGGGAGUCGAGCCGUCUGCACUGUCCAGCCCUGGCUGGGGGUCUAAUUUAGCCGUUUGUCAGUCGAGAGCUGACGCGUCUGCAUUUGCGUGUUUGCCUCGUCUUCCUUUACUCUCUUUGCCCACUCAGUCCUCGUCUGACUCGGGUCUCUUCUUCACACCAACUCCCGCCUCGCGCUUUGUUGCAUUUUCCUACGGCUCGAUAUCCCCGAGUGGCAUGCCGUCCCAGCUCGUCUGA